GGCGGCGCAGGCCGGACUCGGGCGCGGAGGGACCGACGGACGGACGCACGGGCGGGCGGCCGGGAGCCAUGGAGCGCGGCCCCGGGGCCGGGGGGCGCGGGCCGGGGCGGGCUUCCCGCCGCACGGCAUGGAGACCUGCAGCUGCGCGGCUCCCGGGGGCUCAGCUUGGACCACGAUGGGGCUGGGCUGCGGCCUCCUAACGGGCUCUCGUCUGGGGGGCGCCCUCCUCCCUGCCCGCGUCGCCCUCGCCCGCCAUGAACGGCCUGUCAGUGAGCGAACUGUGCUGCUUGUUCUGCUGCCCGCCCUGCCCCGGCCGCAUUGCCGCCAAGCUCGCCUUCCUGCCCCCCGAGGCCACCUACUCCCUGGUGCCCGAGCCGGAGCCCGGCCCCGGAGGCGCCGGGGCGUCCUCGCUGGGGGACCUGCGCUCCUCUGCCGGCGCCCCCAGGCGCUGGAAGCUGCACCUGACGGAGCGCGCUGACUUCCAGUACGGCCAGCGCGAGCUGGACACCGUGGAGGUGUUCCUGACCAAGAGCGCGCGCGGCAGCCGCAUCGCCUGCAUGUACGUGCGCUGUGUGCCGGGCGCCAGGUACACGGUCCUCUUCUCGCACGGCAACGCGGUGGACCUGGGCCAGAUGAGCAGCUUCUACCUCGGCCUGGGCACACGCAUCGGCUGCAACAUCUUCUCAUACGACUACUCCGGCUACGGCGUGAGCUCGGGCAAGCCCUCGGAAAAGAACCUCUACGCCGACGUGGACGCCGCCUGGCAGGCCCUGCGUGCCAGGUACGGCAUCAGCCCGGACAGCAUCAUCCUGUACGGGCAGAGCAUCGGCACGGUGCCCACCGUGGACCUGGCCUCGCGCUACGAGUGCGCCGCCGUGGUGCUGCACUCGCCGCUGACGUCCGGCAUGCGCGUCGCCUUCCCCGACACCAAGAAGACCUACUGCUUCGAUGCGUUCCCCAACAUCGAGAAGGUGUCCAAGAUCACGUCUCCCGUGCUCAUCAUCCACGGCACAGAGGACGAGGUGAUCGACUUCUCGCACGGGCUGGCGCUGUACGAGCGCUGCCCCAAGGCCGUGGAGCCGCUGUGGGGAGGCGCCGGGCACAACGACAUCGAGCUGUACAGCCAGUACCUGGAGCGCCUGCGCCACUUCAUCUCACAGGAGCUGGCCAGCCAGCGCUCCUAGCGGUGCCCGCCGCGCCGGGACCUCAGCAAUAAGGGGCCAGCGGACUCGCCCCGCCGCGGCCCGGGGCUGCAUGUGGACCCCGGGCCCGGGCCCCAGGCGGUG